AACAGCUGUGUACAUCACUUCCUGUACUAGUUCUACAUGUGAAGUGGGGCUGAAAAAGCUGCAUUUCAACUUCGAAAUGCAACCCCAGAGCAACUCGAAUUGUGAAAGUGAUGUUUAGCAAUACCGUUGCCUGGAAUAAAUUAGAAAAGGAACAAUUGAGCUAUCCACGAACAAGAGGAGUGGAAUGGUAAACACCAUUCCGUGCGUUUAGUUGAGCUCCAUUCUCGUGAUUGGUCCGAGCCUCUGUCCGUCUGGCCCAGUGGACCCCUCCCCCUUGGAAGCAUCUCUCAGCCCAGAGUGUGCCAGUCAGAAUGGGACAAUAGCCGCAGUCGCCAUCGGACCUCCCCCUUCCUCUCUUUGCUCUCUGUCUGCCCCUUCCCCACACCCUUCCCCUAACACACACACAGCCAGCCCCUGACCACUCCUCCUCCCACUGUACUGGUUACGGUCCACUCCUUCUUCCUACCGCUCUAAUCAGCCAGCCAUCCUUGUCAAACCAAACUAAACCAUAGUCCUCUGUAAAGGAUAGGGUCCUAUACAGCUGCCUACGCUCCCUUUGUUGUUGGUGGCUAUUUGUUUGUGUGGAGGGCCCCCAUGAGAGGUUGCUAACUGCUAGGUAACAGAAGGCAGCACAAUAACACCCAGUCAGCCGUUUACAGGAAACAAACGAGCUGUGGUGGUGGUUGGGCCACUGAUGGAAUUCUAGUAGCAUGAUGUUGGGCUGGCAUAGCCACCACACGCCGUCGAUGAACCAGAGGGCCACCAGCAGACUUUGGAGAUCGACACAUCUCGACUUGUGGUGGGACAAGAGGUUGAAAUAGACGCAAUAAAGAUCUAUUUUUUCCCCAUAUUUUUUUUACCUCAUUUUUGGGGGUUUCUGCAGUGAUCAGCUGAACCAAAGUGCCUUCAUGGUUUCUCACUGUCCUUUUCCUAUAAACUUGAUCUAACUUCAUAUCACACUCCAAUAUCUGAAAACUAUUUCAACAUAUUUUAAGGAUUUUGCACUUUUCAUUCAUACACCUCCAUAUCCAUUGCCUGUUGCACUUAUCAGAUCAUACACAGUUGCACAGUACUGACAGUGCACACUUGUUUACAGUAAAAACAUACAUCUCCAUACAUACUGUUGACAAUCCCACCCCAUAUUCUACCCAGCCACAAAGUAAGCAUUUUCUCACAGCGUUCCUCUAGUGUAGGUCGCUAGGACUAACGAAGCCAAACAAAUCACCAAACCGCUCUCCAAGUUCCUUGUUGCGAAGCAGAGAUGGCGACGUGGCUACAGUCAAAAUGGCGCUACCUGUUCAUGUUCCUGGGUGUCCAGCUCGUCGUCAUGGCUCUGCUGUCCCGCGAGGGCUACCACAAGCGAGUGUCAUACUUCAUACGGAUUUUCCGCAAGCCGGAGACACCAGCGUUGGGGACGUCUGGUGCCGACUCGCCCCACUCACGCAACAACACGGGCAGUGACGUCUACGCCAACUUGUCCCUCCUUGUCAAGGCCCACGGCCGGGUCGAGGACAUGCCCUACUGCCCCAAGACGUCUCCCCUGAUAGGUGGACCGAUCCACGUCAACUUUCCUUCCGGGCUGACACUGGCCCAAGUGGCGAGGAAGAAUCCAUUGGUGGUCCGCGGGGGGCGCUACAGGCCGCCUGACUGUGAGGCGCAGCACCGCACCGCCAUAAUCAUUCCUCACAGAAACCGGGAGCACCACCUGAAGUUCCUCCUCUAUUACCUUCACCCGUUCCUACAGCGACAGCAGCUCAACUACGGCAUCUACGUCAUACACCAGGCUGGUAACUACACGUUUAACCGGGCCAAGCUGAUGAACGUUGGGUUCCGGGAGGCCAUGCGGGAGGAGGACUGGGACUGCCUGUUCUUCCAUGAUGUGGACCUCAUCCCUGAGGACGACCGCAACACCUACAUGUGCGACGUCAACCCCAAGCACGCCGCCAUCGCCAUGGACAAGUUUGGAUACAAGCUGCCAUACAAGAUGUAUUUCGGAGGGGUGUCAGCGUUGUCGCCAUUGCACUACCUGAAGAUGAACGGCUUCCCUAACAACUACUGGGGCUGGGGAGGAGAGGACGAUGACAUUGGAGUCAGAGUAUCCCUAGGUGGGAUGUUCAUCUCUCGUCCAUCGGUGAAGGUGGGCCGCUACAAGAUGAUCAAACACAAGCUGGACAAGGGAAACGACGUGAACCCCAGGAGGUUCAACAUGCUGGCCAAGACGCGUCAGAUGUGGAAGCUGGACGGCAUGAACACGGUGGAGUACGAGGUGCUGUCACGUGACCACUUCCCCCUCUACACCAACAUCACUGUGCACAUCGGCACCGAGGCCGGCCUGCACGCCACGCCGCCGUCCCCCAAGAUCCCUGCCAAAGCCCCAGCCAAGCCGCCGGUCGAAGCCCCCGCAAAAUCUCCAGCCAAGCUCCAACAGGAACAACAGAACCAACCCACGAACCACUGACUUGGACCACCUUUACCCACUCCACUCCCAUCCACCACCCUCCCGCCGCCGACUCUCCCCUCCUAACUUAUGCCUGAGAGCAGGGAUGUGGCAGAGGGGCCCUGGGCCCUUAAAGCACUCCUUUCUUUGCCUUCACUCUUCAACAGAACCUCAUAUCAAUGCCUACAGUGGGGAGAGGUGGGUGGCUCCCCCUAGUGGAGUAGAGGCCAUUAUACACACAUGCCUUUUCCUUCUGUUCCUUCCUCUGAUCUGAUCAGCAUUAUCAAUAGCAUAGCAGAGACUCUGAACUGAAGACCAAUGCUCUCCACUGCCUAGAUAGAAUCUGUGGGCCGAGGCUUUGUCUGUCUGAAUGAAUGACUGUAGCAUUCUCCACCCUAGGUCUGAUUCUCGAGCUUCUCCAGCUGUAUCUUACCACUCCACUGACUUUGACUCCUAUGAAAAGGACUUAUGGUAGAGAAGAGGAAAAGGACUGACUCAAUGAGUUUAUAUAUCUGCAGCGCCAGGGUCGCUGCCGAAAACCCCCGUUGCCUUAGAAAACCUGUCUUGUUCUAUUUGUCCUUUUAGUAGAACUUCAGGUCGAGAGUUAUGAAUGGAACCGGUUUCUAGUGAUAGCAAGACUAGGGGAUAGAAUCAAUAAAUGAAAAACCUAUUUAAGCCACUGAUAAUGCAAUAGCAUAUGGGUCUUUCCGCCGUUUAGGUGCCUUUUUUGAGUAGUGUAACUUGGUCAAUUCAAUAUUUGUGCACAAUUCCUACUUAAUAUAUCAAAGGGACGCACGCAAAAGGCACUAUUUUCGGAACGACCCAUAUGUAACUCUGAAUUUACAGUUUAAUAUUAUAUGAAGUGAAGCUGCUACCCUGAAUAUUGACCAGGGACAGUUCUGUUUGCAAUUAGCAUGGUAGUCACCCCCUGGGCCCGUAUUCAUAAAGCAUCUGAGUAGGAGUGCAGAUCUAGGAUCAGGUUCUCCGUGUUCAUAUAAUCUAAUUCAUUAUGACCUUAAAGGCAACAAUGAUCCUAGAUCAGAACCCCUAGUCUGAGGCACUUGCACAAUACAGGCCCUGAAUAUCAGGCUGAUAUUGAAGGAUUUUCUCACAGUAGGUUCACAGUUCUGCAACAGCUUUUUGGUAUUGUUGGGUUUCAUCUUAUCUAUACAAUCAAAAUGUUUGUUUUCUCCAGUUAUCAUCUCCUUAAAUCUCUAGAUAGCAUUGAUGUGGGGUUGCAUUUAGCCUUUGUCAAAUAGAAUAGGUGCAAGUGAAAUGAUCAAUGCACUGCCUUCAGGUGGGCUGGCUAUAUUCACAUCAGAAUGUUGGUUUGUCUUUGCCACUGUCACUGUCAUUGUGUUUUAUGUUUUUGUUUAUUACCUUAUGGAGCUUUUUAUGUUGGUUUCCUGUGAUUGUCAAUGUAGCUUUAAACCGAGGGAUUCAAGUCCUAGUGGGCUCUCCAUAGUUAGAGACUUGGGAUCUAUCUCCAUACUCUAAAUUGGCUGAAAGGUUUGAAAACCAGGAGAGCUGAAAAGCAGGAACUUUGUCCAUGGAUGACCAGAAACCACUAUAAUUUAAUGAAUUAGGUCUAUAAACGGAAUCAGGCACUGAUUAGUGAUGUGGAAACUAGUGCCAGUUGACUGUGUGUAGUACACUUAUUGGUUGUACUGAUUCUGCUGAAGCACUGAUUUUAAAGAUUGAUAUAGGUAUACUGGGUUAGCAUUUCCCCACUAGCACAAAUAACAUUUUUCAUAUGUUGAAUGAAUAGCUAAAAUCUGUCACCCCCUAGAAUUCCCCAGUGCCAUGUCCUCCUCAUUGCAUAGCUUGUCCCCUGACUUUCCUCUUUGCACGCUGUCUGGACCCCUUGACGAAUAUGAUUGUUUACACUAGAUCCCUCCUGGGAAUUGAACCUCUGUGUGUGCAUCACAUAGAGGACUCAGGCCUCUUGGCUGAAACCAAAGAUGGCUUAGAGAGAAAGCAUCUGAUGCUUGAUAGCUGUGCUGGUGGUUGCAUCCUGAUAUAGGGAUAGAUGGGCUUCCACUGACUGCAGGUAUGCUGAGGUUUGUGUGUUUUUUAUGUGUGUGCAACUAUCUGAUCUAGGAAUCUCUUGGAUGACCUGCUUCACUAUGUAGGCUAUGUCUUUACCUUUUCUACUCCAUAUGAAGCCUAAUUAUGCAUGACACACAGACCCUGUAUUAGAUGAGUGGAAUGUACAGAGAACCACACACAGACCACUAUGACAUGACUUCACAUAUUAGUUUCCUGAAGCAUGCAACAGUGUAUGCUUGUGUAGUGAUUCGUAAGUCGUAUGCUAUAUGCACCAUGUACUGUACAGUAUGUACCUUCUAACACUUCAUGCAGUGGUUUAUUAUAUAAUGAUAUUGUAUUAUCAUGUCUAUUUGUGCUCUUUAGUUUGCUUCAGUUGAUGUAUAACUUGACUUUCACUCCAUUAUGAUGUGGAUAUGCUGUCCAGGGUGACUGCGCCAGGAGAUGGAGCUCACCGCAGUGCAGGGAAAAUGUAACAAGGACAAUGUGAUUUAAUUUCUCCUCUCUCAAUUAAGUCUGCACAGUCCAGAGUGGCCUUAUACAAUGAUUAAUAAACAAAAAGAUUAGUCAAA